UCUGACUGUCGCUACUAUAUCUGUCUAUCGACAACAGUUCUAAGAACAUACUUCAACAAGCAUACACUUUACUCUACACAACAUGGCUUCAAAGUUUGUCGAGAUCCUCGACACCGACAACACUCCAUACUCGCGAUCAAAUGUCAGCCUCGCAGAUGUUUUGGCAGAAACUCGUCGACGAUCAGAGUCGCAAGGCAGCCUAGCCAGCGUAAGCGACAGGUCAUCGUCGCCGACUUCUUCCGUUUCAAACCAGCCUAUUCAGCCAGUCAAUGCGAUCAAGACAAGAUUUCGGGCAUUCUCUCUCAAGAAGGGUUGAAGGAAGCAAGGAUCGACUUUCGGAAAAGAACAUUACAACACCGACAACUACGAUGCGUGGCCAGAAGAUGUGACCCGCAAAUGCAAACUUCUCUAAAUUGCAUCGUUCCAAGCGACUCAAACCUGAACGAUCUGGAUGACGGAUUGAUCGAAAUCGAAGAACGAUUUGACUUCUGCAUCGAUCAUGAGUCGAAUAUACGACACUCGGCUUUGUGCUACAACACCGAGCAGAAAGCCACGGCAUGCUCAGAGGAGAGCACAUUGAACAUACCCCGUGGCGGUGAAACAGAGGAACCGCGACAAGCAGCAACAGCCGCCGACGAGGAUUUGGACCGAGCAGUCAGAUCUGGUGAUGUACAGGCACACCCACGACUGUCAAAUUAGCACAGUCUGACAGAAGUGAAAUUUUGACACGAGACCCUUUCUCGGGGAGAUGAUGCUGUAGCAAGCGACGAUGAAACGAUUCUAUCUAGAGAUACCCAUGUAAUGAAUUUGGAUGCCUAUUGCUGUAC